AACUCUGUGGCAAAUUUGACUUCUCCAAUGGCUUGAUUCCUCUUUUUCAUUCCUUCCUGUUUUCUCUCCCCUCCCUGCCCAGCUUUGAGUUCUUGGUAUCGAGACGUUUGUACAAUGGUCCUGGGUGCAUUCCCCGCCCGUGAUUCUCCCUUUGCCAGUCAGGGGACUGGACCUCAUUCUGCAGGGCAGCUUCUGUUACUGCCUCUCAUCCCUAGCUGGAAUCGGGAUAAUUUGUUGCCACAUUUGUUUUUUGUUCAAGGCCUAUUUUACAGAAGGGAUGACACUCAUCUUCUGAGGACAAGGGAAGAUUUCUUCUCAACAUGUUUUCAGAAAACAUUUAUAUUAACUCGAACUUCAAAAAUAAAAUUGAUUCCUCAGACAUCAAUCCAGGCUCUCCUCCAGCUCCUCCAAAGAAGAUCACGACUCAUGAAAGUUGUUAUAGAUUCUCCAGGGUGCUCUUCACCUCAUUAACAAUAUAUUUCUUGCUAUUGACAAUCUUAUUCUCCAUUGCUCUGAUCACUUUGUUUAAAAAAUAUUCUCAACUUCUUGAAGAGAAAGCAAUCAUAAAAGAACUGAAUUUUACAGGAUUGGAGUGUACAAAACAGCAUUCACCCUUGAAAGACGAAGUCUGGAGCUGUUGCCCAAAGGAUUGGAAGCCAUUUAGUUCCCACUGCUACUUCAUUCCCACUGACUCGACAUCUUGGAGCAAGAGUGAGGAGAAGUGCUCCAGCAUGGGUGCUCAUCUGAUGGUGAUCCGCAGCCGGGAAGAGCAGGAUUUCAUCACUAAGAUCCUGAGACGUGAUGGUGCUUAUUUUAUUGGGCUUUCAGAUCCAGGACAUCGACAGUGGCAAUGGGUUGAUCAGACGCCAUACAAUGAAAGUGCCACGUUCUGGCACAAAGGUGAGCCCAGCAGCAACCGUGAACAAUGUGUUAUAUUAAGUCAUCCAUAUUCUAAGUGGGGCUGGAAUGACAUCGUUUGCAGUGAUAAACAGAAGUCAGUUUGUCAGAUGAAGAAAAUAUACUUGUGAAAAAGCAGUCUCCACGGACAUGGGCCUGCAUUUUUAUCCACCACGACAUAGACACCUGGAAAGAUCUUCUUGUGGAAUGUAUAUCAUAGAAUUUUAGGUAUCGCAUCACCUUCUCUGUCUAUUUUUAGAUUCCUAAAGUCUUAUUUGAUGAUAGAAUUGUAUGGAGUGGUCCUUCUCCCUCUCUCUCUCUCUUUUCACCUGCCUUUGGAUUUAUUGAUGUAUAAUUCACAAAUACAUCAUGUAUAUUUGCAUUACA